AUGGAGGGCGCUGGAGAGGAUGUGUAUUGCACGCUUCUCAUGAGCGAUUCAUAUCUGCCAGGUGCCUUGGUUCUCGCUCACUCGCUUCUUGACUCCGGCACUCGGAAGAAGCUUGCGGUUCUAGUUACACUUGACAACCUACACUAUACAUCAUUAGCAGAGCUUCAAAAACUGUACGACUAUAUCAUCCCCGUGGAACGAAUCGUGAAUAAAUCUCCUGCAAACCUAUAUCUGAUGGAUCGGCCGGAUUUGAACGCCACAUUCACCAAAAUUGCUCUUUGGCGCCAACAACAAUUCCGCAAGAUCGUCUACAUUGAUGCGGAUGUAGUCACCUUGCGAGCGCCUGAUGAAUUGUUUGAACUUGACACAUCCUUUGCUGCUGUUCCGGAUGUUGGCUGGCCUGAUUGCUUCAAUAGCGGCGUUAUGGUGUUGAAUCCCAAUCUUGGUGAUUUCUAUGCUCUGCUCGCUCUUGCGCAAAGAGGAGUCAGCUUUGAUGGCGCCGAUCAAGGGCUUCUCAAUAUGCACUUCACGAACUGGCACAGACUGAGCUUUAGGUACAAUUGUACACCCAGCGGCCACUAUCAAUAUGUGCCUGCCUACAGGCAUUUUCAAAGCAGCUUGAAUAUGAUUCAUUUUAUUGGCCAUGAAAAGCCUUGGCUUUCCGGUCGAGAUGCACCCUCGUCAUCGGGUGUCUAUGAGGAGCUCCUUGCUAGGUGGUGGGCUGUGCAUGACCGCCAUAUGAAGCCAAUUGCCAGCUCGAGAACCUCGGAACCCACAACUCACACAGACGCAGGACACCUACCAACGGUCUCAGAGCAGACUGCAACAGAAGACCUUCCGAUACAGCACCCCAUAUACAUUCCAUAUAAAGAAGCGCAAAUACAAUCUAGCACGCCCACGGCGGUUGCUUCCACCCCUACGAAUGUCACUUCCUCAAAGGAAGAACCUCAAACGUCCUUGUCUCGUUUUUCUCCUCCGAUGACCGAAUGGGAUCCCUCUCGAGCGCCACCUCCAGCCGAUUCUAAGCCUGAGGCGUUAAAUUUUCCACAGCAAUCUUACAGCAUGUCCGCAGACGGUGAGCUUUUCCGCCCACCAAACGCCUAUCCCGAACCCCCCAAAGGGAUGUACUAUGAGGUACCGAAAACCGCGCCCAAAUUCGAACCUAAGCCCUUAUUUCCAUGGGAGCAUACUGCGGCAAAACCUACCAGAGUCUUCGCAGACGACCUGCCGUCAAAACCGGAAGAGUCUAGCAUUACUCCACCUCUAGGCGAGGAAAAUGAUGUAGAUACAGCCAGCCCAACGACCCCAACUAUUAAUAUCAUACCGCCUGAUGCAUGGCAAAAUUACACCCGAAGCAACGCAUGGGACGAUGUCCCUGAGAUUGAAAGAUAUAUUACUUCCAUGCAACAGGCUCGAAAAGGCCGCGUACAAGUUCUUCUAGACACCAAGGCUGGCGAUGAACCCAUACUUUCGCCCAGCAUUGAAGCCGGACCUGCACGCCGAAAAGCAAGUCUAAGACUUACUGAUUUUCCGAGCGAGGUUGAACGCCCCAGCCUCCCAGUUACUCCUGCGCCCAUCCGAAGACCAAGUUUCUGGGGCGAGGAAAGGAACGAGGAGGGUGAACUCCCUGCAGCCGAAGGAGUUCCGAAGCAAGAAGAAUGGAAUCCCGCUGCUAAACUGGACGAGCUUCUCCGGAGACAAUCCGAAGUGCUCAUGAAUCCGGAGCCAGUCUCAUCACCACCAAAGCCAAUACCUAAUCGAGAGAUGCCAAGCUCUUCAGUUGAUGCUUCCAAACCAGAUUUCGCCGAAAAUAAAGAUACUAAUGAGGACGACUCCCCUGGAAUGGUCCCUGCUUCCUGA